AUGUACAUAAUUUUAUGUUUAGGUGCAGCCCACACAGUCCUGACACCGUAUUGGUCGGGGAAGCUGGGGGGCAAGCAGGAGAUGUUCACGCAUCAGUGCUCGAAGCGAGGCGGGGACCUGGACCUCAAGUUUCGGGGUCUCAACGCGGUCGCCGUGGCCUUGACGGGCCUUUCUCUGACAGGUGUCGGGGUUCUGGUUUUGCCGUCGAGAUUCUGUGAAGUGAGCGGUCCGGUGAGCACGGGUCUCAAAAAUCGAUUAGAGAUGCAGUCGGACGAGAGUAACGCGAAACUGGGUGUGUCACUACCGAUAUUUAUUGUGGACACAUUUACGGGACAGCCGUUUUCUGGCAACCCUGCUGCCGUGUGUCUCGUCGAUGGGCUCAAUGAUAUCCCGGACACCAUGAAGCAGAGCAUGGCAGCGGAGUUGAAUCUAACGGAGACGGCGAUCGUGACGAAGAUCCGGAUCAAGGACGGGUUCGAUUCCGCUCCCCUGUUCAGACUCCGCUGGUUCACGCCCACCAACGAGGUCGCCCUCUGCGGACAUGCCACCCUCGCCGCCGCUGCCGUCCUCUUCUUCUGCUGCAAUAACCCGAACGAGAGGCUGGAGUUCGAGACGAUGAGUGGAGUGCUGGGCGUGAGGAAGCAGGGACGGAGCAUCGUCUUGAGUUUCCCCGGCCACAAACCAAAAUCGCUGAAUGCCAUGCUGAGGAAAGAAGCCAAGCCCUUGGUGAAGGAGAUCCUGAAGGACCUGGAACCGGCGGAUCUCGCCUACUGCUUCAAGACCAAGAACCUUCUCAUCAGACUCGAGGACUCUUGCUCGAGGACGAUGCUGGAGGAGCUCGAGGUAUCGCCGAAGAAGAUGAUGAGUUUGCACGAUGGGAGCCUGUUCAUAGGAGUCAUUUUGACCGUGAAAGGCGGAGAGGCCUACGAAGGAUACGACUUCUUCUCCAGAUACUUCUCGCCCUGGGACGGAAUUCCAGAGGAUCCCGCGACCGGUUUGACUCACACCGUCCUGGCGCCUUACUGGUCGGAGCAGCUGAGCGGGAAGCAGGUGCUGCACGCGUAUCAGUGCUCGAAGCGAGGCGGGGACCUGAACCUCAAGGUCCGGGGAUCCCGAGUGGAAAUCGGGGGACACUUCCACGUCAUCGUCAAGGGCGUCAUCCAUCUCUGAUGCACUCAACAGGAUGCCGACAAUUGCGCGAUGAGGUUGGAUUCACUCGACAUCGAUUUCCGACAAACUACGGCUGGAAGCCGAUGUCGAGCGACUGUUGGCGUUUCUCUCGACCCUCUUUUGGCCCUCUUUUGGCCCUCUGUCGGCCCUCUGUCGG